AUGGAACAAGACAAAGAGGAAGAAAGGAAAAGAAAUGAGGAAUUGAGAGAACAGAAAAAAGAACAGUUGAAGCAAAGGAAGGAAAAACGUGAAGCAUAUGCAAUAGAAAGGGAUGUUAUUAGGGAGGAAAACACAACAAAAAAAUUGCAGGAACUCCAAGAAAUGUUUAUUCGAAGAGAAGAGAAGGAAAAGAAAGAUGAGGAAUCAAAUCUUGAGAAGGCGAGGAAGGCAAUUGAAAAGAAAAGUAAACAAGCACAAAAAACAAAAAAUGUGGUCACACCCGUGGAUCCUCUACCCCCCCAACACCCAAUGUUGAUCGAUAUAAUGAACCUCUUGACCCCAAUCUUUGCAAUUAUUAGUAAUAUGCAAGUUGGGACUACACCUAGAUUCUUAGACAUCAUGAAACCUAAUUCCAAUGUAAACCAGGAGUUGCUUGCUCGUAUAGCAAGUUGCUUACAAGCCCCUCCAAACUAG